AUGGUGCUCGCUUCAUUGAGCAACUGGCGGGCGCAGUGGUUUCCCCCAAAGCCAAAAUUUACAGAGCAGGAUGUGCCAGCUCAGAACGGACGAGUCUUCCUCGUCACGGGCGGGAAUGCCGGCAUCGGAUACGAACUCGUCAAAAUGCUUUAUGGGACAGGUGCAACAAUCUACAUGACCUCGCGAUCAAUUGAUCGUGCAGAGAGUGCCAUCAAAACCAUCACAUCACUCAGUCCUCCACCUUCGAAUCCAGGAACUAUCAAGCCACUGUGCUUAGAUCUGAAUGAUCUAGAGAGCGUCCAGCAUGCUGCCGAAACGUUUGUCCAGCAGGAAAGUCGACUUGAUGUGCUCUGGAACAACGCAGGUACUGGAGGUACCGCAGUUGAGAUGGGAGCGAAAACAAAACAAGGUCUCGAGAUAAUGGUGGGCUCGCAUUGCAUCGCAGCCUUGCUAUUUACUCAACUUCUCAUCCCUCAAUUACGUGCUGCUGCCGCCUCCUCGGCGAGAAAGUCAUCUCGAGUCGUUUGGACGUCUAGCUUUCUUGCCGAAGCAGUAACACCAACAAAUGGUAUCGAUUUCGAUUUCCUCAAGGAAGAUGGUAUUAUCAGCGUCACUCAGAACCCAGGAAAUCUCAAGGCCAGGGCCUACGCUGGCACACCAGCCGUUGCCAUGUUCUUGAUGAAGAUAUUCCUUCAUGAUCCGAAGCUUGGAGCUUACACCGAGCUAUACUCUGGCCUGUCUCCCGAUAUCACCAGCGAAAAUAAUGGGUGUUAUAUCAUUCCUUGGGGACGGAUCCGUUCAGAUGAUGAUUGCCCACGCAGAGACAUCAUGAGAGCCAUGACUCCUCAGUCUGCCGGGGGUCUGGGAAAGAUCAUGGUUGCAUAUCCUGGAGAUGUACAUGGCCAAUUAAUGCCUGAUUUUCUCGCUCGCGAAUAUCCAGAAAUUGCCGAGUUUGGUGUGUGUUACAUUGACCUGUGGCCUAUUUCUUGGCCCAUGAUGGCUACAUUUCAUCCGGACAUAGCAGCACAAUUCACGCAGGAGACAUCGCGCCCAAAGCAUGAGAUUAUCAGAGGACAAUUCAAACCCUUAACUGGACUGAAAGACCUUGUUCUGGCCGAAGGGUCUUUUUGGAAGAAGUGGAGAGCGACUUUCAACCCCGGCUUCUCCACGCAGAACAUAUCAGCCCUAGUCCCCGAGUUCAUCGAAGAGGCGUCAAUCUGGAAAAAGCAUCUACAACAAGUGGCCAAAGACGACCAAAUUAUUCCAUUGGAAGACUGUGUGAUGAAGGCGACAUGUGACAUCAUCGGGCGGUCUGUUUUGGGUCGGAGUUUAGGGAUUCAGUCUGGUAUAGACGACAAGAUCUUCCCUACACUGAAAGGUGCCAUUGCGCUUCUUGUUACCGAUUGGUCCCCGCCUAACUGGGGCCGUCUUCUGAACCCUCUCCGAGUCAGGCGUCUUGCAAGUUUAAACCAGCGGCUACGAAGCCAGUUGAGACCUUUAAUCGAGAGUCAAUUUGAGAAUCAUGAGCACAUUGGAGGGCCAAAGACUGUCAAUGGCCUUGCUAUCCGUACAUACCUAAAGGAUAAUGGAAAGGAAAGCAACUCCGAAUCUGGCGUCGACAAUGAGUUUCUUGAUGUGACGAUUGAAAACCUCAAGAUCUUUCUCUUUGCCGGCCAUGACACUACCGCGUCCACGCUCUGUUUCGUUUACAGCUACCUCCAUAAUCACCCAGAUGUCCUGGCAAAGCUACGAAAAGAGCACGACGAAGUCCUAGGCCCAGAUACCAACGAAGCGACAUCAGUAAUCUCCGAAUCACCUACCGUUUUGAACCAACUAGUCUAUACCACAGCAAUCAUCAAGGAAACCCUCCGACUCGAACCACCGAUUGGCUCCUGUCGAGAAGGCUCCCCAACAUUCUUUCUCCGACACCCUGAAACAGGACAGCAGCUUCCCACUGAUGGCUUCAUUCUCUUUUCAGCAAGCAAAGCGAUCCACCGUAAUCCCAGGUUCUGGUCUGAACCUGACAAGUUCAUGCCAGAGCGUUGGUUGGAGCACGACUUUCAUAGAACUGCUUAUCGCCCGUUUGAGCUAGGUCCUCGAGGCUGUAUUGGUCAGGAGCUUGCUUUAACAGAGUUACGGUUACUCCUUGCAAUGACCGUCAGGGAUUUGGAGAUUAUUCCUGCGUACAAGGAUACUGAAGAUAAGUUAUAUGGUUCCCAGGCGUAUCAGGCACAAAUGCCUGGUGAGCUCACAGCGCACCCGAGUAAGGGGAUGCCCGUCAGGGUGAGAAUACGACAGGUCUAG